CUAGACAUGCAAACAGCUGGUCUGUACACAAACAAGUGUCAUCUGUUGAUACUUCAUUUUAAAGCAUUUUAGGUGUAUAUUUCGUGAUGCUAUUGCAAAGCAUCCACUGAGGGAUUGAACCCAUCGCCUUUUUCUCUCAAAGGUUACGUCCGGAGUGUAUGACGCAGGUUAAGGUUUGAUAAGGACUUCAAAUCGACCGCAUCAGCUGAUAAGCUGAUAAAGGCCGUAUCUCUAGUCCAAGCCCGUUUUUCUUCCAUCCAAGCACAAAAGCUAUUCCAUUUUAUUUGGAUGUUGGACCAAAGGAUUUAAAUUGUGCAGAAACACACUGACAAAAUGGAGUCGCAUGAGAGAACCCCCCAACAACUGGACUGGGAGCGUUUUGGCUUGGAUGGCAGCCGGAAUACAACUCGCAGACAUAGCACUAGUCGUGAAGAGAAUCGAGGCCAUGAAACUGAAUAUCACUAUGGACAUCAGCCAUCUGAUGCAUCAGAAAUUUUUGCACAAGAACAUGCUGAUCAACCAUGGUGGAAAUCUAACUUCUUUAUUUCACAACCUGUACUGUUCGGAACAUGGGAUGGUGUAUUUACAUCAUGUUUAAUUAAUAUUUUUGGGGUAAUUGUGUUUCUGCGAUCAGGAUGGCUUGUAGGGCAAGCUGGUGUAAUAAAUGCAGUUCUUAUGGUUCUAGCCACAGUUUUUGUUGUCUUAACAUCUGUAAUGUCUGCUGUUGGAAUUUGUGAACGUUGUCGCAUGGAGAGUGGGGGUGUUUAUUUCCUUCUCGCUCAUGUUUUGGGCGCUCGCUUUGGAGUAGCUAUUGGUCUCCUCUAUGUAUUUGGACAGGCUGUUGGUUGUGCACUGUAUGUAUUGGGCUUUGGAGAAUCUUUGGCUGGUCUUCUUGGACUAGAACAAUCACCAUGGUCAGAAAGAGGCCUAGCAGGAGCAGCUGUUAUUCUUUUGGGAGCAAUAAAUGUUGCUGGGGUGAAGUGGGUUGUAAAACUGCAAUUUGUAUUGCUCCUUGUUUUGCUUCUGGCUGGCCUUGACUUUUCUGUUGGCAGUUUUGUUCAUGUAGAUGAGGCAAAUGGGUUUGAAGGAUGGAUGUCAGGAAACCUGGCAAACAAUUCUUAUGCAGAAUACUAUGAUGGCUACAGCUGGUUUACUGUAUUUGGUGUCUUCUUCCCUACUGUAACUGGAAUAAUGGCAGGAAUAAACAUGAGUGGAGAUUUGAGACAACCAAAUGUCAACAUACCAAAUGGCACGAUCGCUGCUGUUGGAGUAGGCACAUUCCUGUACCUAACAUUUGUCAUAACAUUGGCAUCAACAUGUACAAGGGCUGCUCUUCAAAGUGACUUCAUGAUUGCUUCAAAAGUAGCUGCCUUACAUGUUCCUCUAUUGAUGGGCUUGUAUGUGUCCUCCAUGUCAAGUUGCCUGGCAGCCAUGUAUGGAACCCCUCGGGUGUUACAAUCGAUUGCCAACGCAAAUGUUGUUCCCGGGAUACAAUAUUUAGGAUAUGGACGUGGUCCCAACAAGGUGCCCAUCUAUUCAAUGGCUGUAGUUGCAUUCGUGACCAUUACUUUCAUCAUUGUUGGCCAAAUAAACACUCUUGGGCCUGUUGUCACAAUGCCUUUUCUACUGACAUAUGCAGCUGUUGAUUACUCGUAUUUUGCUUUAGCUCAAACCUUUGAUAUUCGUUUAAAACGGGAAGAAAGAUUCAAGUGCAAUGAACAAAGUCCGACCUUUGAGUCUAAGGAAGGCUAUGGGACUGGCGGCCAUGAUUCUCGCAAUGAUUUACAUUAUCAAAAUGAUCUUGACAAACUUUUCCCAGAGAGGUUGCAUCACAAGAAGGGAACUGGAAGUCAUGCUUCAGAUCACUCGAGUGCUCUUUCAUCACCUGAAGACACUGUGAGCGUGACCGGUAGUGCUGUCACUGCUGUAGAGGUGGGAAUUGUCCUACCUAAAGACUCCAAGCAGACAAACAUCCACUCCAAACCUCAUAAUUGGUAUUCCAGCCUUUGCAAUCGCUGGGCAUCUCUCUUUGGGGCCGGGCUGAAGAUAGGAAUGAUGUUCUUGGUCCAUUGGGGUUAUGCUUUAAUGAACCUCACUGUUUUAUUCAUUGUAUGGUUUUAUAUCGGACAAGUUAAUCCAGCUUCAAAACCAGGAGUUUCAGCGGAGUUUAAUUUCUUCCGCUGGCUGAAACAAGUGAUAUGGCGUGCUAUGGGGAAACGGGUUCAAGAAUAUGAGCACAUAGUAGUACCACCUGUGUGUCCUGGUGUUGAAGUUCAUUCAGCACAACUGAAUGAAGAUAAUGAAGACUUUGCUUCUAGGCGAAGAUACCAUCAAUCUUCAACAGUUCAAGGAAGAUUUGUUGAUGUUGAUGAAGACUAGGAAAGAAAGAGCUGAUGAAACUGGUCGAGUAGUUGGUGCAGCUAUUCCACUUUUCCAUUUUGAGCUAAUCUGAAUGAAAUUACUUACUAAGCUACUGACAACUUGUUUGAUUAAUUCCCCUUGUAUCUGGCAUUUUUAUUUUAUUCAUUGUAAGUUGUCUAUCUUCUUCUUUUAAAAAAAAAAUUAAUGUAUGAUGUCAUUGCGGCUGGAAACAAAAUUUUAGCAACAGGAAUGCCUCAUAUCAUUUAUGCUAGGACAGUCUUUAAAUGGCAUGCACUUGACUGAGAUUUUCUCCCUUAAAUGAAGUGGGGUACCUUUUCACUUUUCCCUGAGCCAUCCAUGGCUUGCAUGGGAUGUAUUUGAAGGAUUUGAUUUUACUAUUUUACACUGAUGUGCAAAUGGAAUUAGUGAACUUUGAAUCAUUGAGACAUUUAAAUUGUGCCCAAUGCUCUUGUGAUAACAUAGUGGUUUUCAUUUUAUUUAUUUUUUAAAUAUUGAAAGAUGGGUGGGUACGGGUAGGAGGAAUCAAUAGAAUCAUGAGAAAAAUCUUAUCUUCCAGGUAAACAAAUAUGUAUGCACUGUUAACUUAUUGAUUGUAGCAGGUAAUGUCAUGUACCUACAAAAGAAAUCAUGUGACUCACAAAGGACUUAUGAGCCAAACCUCAAAGUGCCUCAAAGUCAGUGGAGACUUCUGUUACAAUACUACUCCCUUCAAAACAUCACAGACCUUAGUAUGGUUUUAUAUGAAUGUGAAAAUCCUGUCAUUGUUUAUGUUCGAAAGAUGUUACAUGAUUUGAUUUGACUCAUGCUGCUGGCAGGCCACAAUAGUUUCCUUGAUUGUUUGUUGAUUUUUUUUUUUUUUUUUUGUUGUGGUCUUUAUGCCCUCUUGAGAUACAUUUUUUUAAAAACAAUGAAACUUCCACAGUAUGUACCUUAUUGUAAUAAGUAUUGAAAAAUUCCUACUUCAUGUUGUACCAAGGAUGCUGUUUUGCUUUGCUACACCUUACUUUCCAUGUAACUUUUGUUAAGUACGGCUGAGCAAAUUUUAUUUAUUCUUGUACUGUACAUAUGCACCCCUUGUUUCUAUUUAUUUUCAUAUGAAAAUUCUUUGUGUUGUGAAAAACUUCCGACAACUGUAAAGUUAAUUCAAGGCAUACUAUUAUCUAAGUACAGUAUUUAUACCGCCACCAAUGAAUUUAUUUUUAUUUAAGUGUGAUAACAUUAAUGAUGUCCAUCAUUUACAAUUUUGCUUAUAAUUCAGACUGAUAUCCAUGGACUUAAAAAUUGUCUGACUAAAACGUGUAGUAGCAUAUUUGUUUUUCACCAAAAAUAUCUAUUUUCAUACUACUGAAUUUUUGCUUUGCGUCAGUAUUGAUGGCAGUUGUUCAUUUCAAUCAAGUAUUGGCAUACAGAUCAACCCUGUCAUAUCAUAUGGCAAAUUGUAACUGUUCUUUUCCUGUUGGUGAAUAGACUUCAGAUACUUUCGCUCUUGCUGGAUCCAGAAUGUGACAGUACUAUUAUAGUGGCAAGGAAGCACAAUUUAGCAUACGCUACAUGAGAAUUCAACUGUACUCUGUUUCUUUGAUUCUUACUACAAAAAGUAUGUCAGUUGGCCCUUACUUGUUGAACGUAAUUUUAUAACUUUAUUCUGUGUACUAGUGAUUAAUUAGGCCCGAAAGCCUAUUAUGAAAAUAAUGAGUGUGUAUUGGCACAUUAUUGAAUUCUAAGGACAUUAAACCCUAACAUAUGAAAUGUCACAGGCAAAAUGGCACAUUAUUUAACUUGCAUGUUGAUGCUCCUCAGUUUGGGUUCCAAGCAGAUUAAUCUGAUCGCAAGUUCAAGUAUUAUUGCAAAUGAUGACUAGAAAGAACACUGAGAAAAAAUGUUCAUUAAGUUCCUUCUGUACCUGCAAUGAAUUUCAGUGGGAACACUUUUCUGUUGCUCUCUGUACCACAGAAGGUGUACUGUGCCAUUCUGUGAGAGGGUUGUAAAGUGUGCAUUAAAUAUCUACAACCAGCCAAUUUUUUAAAAAAAUUUAAACAAAUAAAAACAUUUAAUUAAUAUGGGA